AUGCCUGCUGUUGCACUCCCUCCAGUAACUAUUCUGGAUGACCUGAAUACGAAUGGCAUUCGCGCAUAUAACAUUUGCCUUGAGCUUGAGAAGUCGGCCCCUGCUGACAGCGAUACGUUGAUUCACGCAAGGACACUGGGCUACUUGAUUAUCCAUUCCCCCUCCCAUACUGCGCUUCAAGAAGUCGCUAAUGCGAUACAUUCGUGUGCAAGAGACCAUGCGAAGCUGUCCCACCUCGGACAGUGCUUCAUCAACUAUUUCAUCCGUCCCUUCAAGAAGUUCAAAGGUCGAACACCCGCCUCUUCAGAUAACCCGUCAUGCCAGUCGUCGUGUGAUAAACUCAAGAGGGAUUUAAUUCAGGAGGCACCGAAAACUCAUAAAGAGGCAAAAGAUCUCGCUCUUGUCCGAGAUGGGUUUCGGUGUGUGGUGACCGGCAACUACCACCACGACACACUUUCCCAGGUUUCGGCUUCCGCCAACGAAAUUCGGGAAGCAGGCGUGGUGUAUACACAGUGUGCACACAUUGCACUAGAGUCUACAUAUUUUAACCUAUCCGACCUCGACUCGAGCAACGAGGAGCCUGACUAUGCCGCUUUAGUAAAAGUACAUCCUCUUUACAAUGUCAUGACAAUGCAAUCCGAUAUCCACGAAUGGUUUACUCGCCUAGAGAUCCGGUUCGAGAAGACGGAAGUCACAAAUCGUUACAGAAUUCGAUCUAUCGAUGCCUGGUACCGAUUACCGGCAGAGGUAACAUUCACCACCCCGGACGACGAGAAUCUUCCCGUUCCAUCCGAGUCACUUCUUGCCCUGCAUGCUGUUUGUGCCAAGGUCGCGAAUUUCUCUGGGGCGGCCGAAUAUAUCGAUAAACUUGACCAAGAGGUGGAAGACUUGGGUGUACUAGCACACGAUGGAAGUUCCGGGGAUGUAUUAAGCAGUGCCCUCUUGAAAAGCAUGAAUCAAGCUGUUGGCGUUGGUCACUGAAACCGUCGAGAGGGAUAUCAAACACUUUGCUUCUGUAGGUACAACCCUGGAGACCACAGU